UCUGAACUGUGGAGUUGUCAGUGUCACAUUCAGUUUGUAUUAUAAUUGUUGAUAAAUAAAUUAAAUUUCCUUGCUAUAAAUCAGUAUUUUACGGCUUGACAUGGAUGAUGCUGAGUUGGAACCUUCAGAACUGGGUACACAUACUUACUGGCAAAAGGCUUACACUAAGGAAAUUAUAAAUUUCGAAGAUCACGGCGACCCUGGAGAUGUUUGGUUCGGAGAAGACAGUGCGUAUCGUGUGAUAAAAUGGAUAUGCCAGAGCGGUAUACCACAGGAUACAGCUGUUAUAGAUUUAGGCUGUGGUAAUGGUUACACAUUAAAAGAACUAGCAAGAGAAGGCUUCAGUAAUCUCCUCGGAGUUGACUAUUGUAUUGAAGCCAUAACUCUUGCGGAGAAGGUGGCUAAGGAUCAGUUUCCAAUGAUAAGGUUUCAGGUAUUUGAUAUAAUCAAUGAUGAUGUCAAAACCCUCGGCAAGUUUGGUUUAGUACAUGAUAAAGGUACAUAUGACGCAAUAAGUCUCAGUCCUGAAGAUGCUAAACUAAAACGACAGAAAUAUAUAGAUCAAGUUGUAGAAAUGCUAUCGGAAAAUGGAUUAUUCGUCAUAACUUCGUGUAAUUGGACAGAAGAAGAGUUGUUAAAGCAUUUCUCUAAGAAAAUGAAGUUAAAAUGCAUCAUACCGACGCCGCAGUUUAAUUUUGGCGGGAAAGUUGGCAAUAUGGUGUCUUCAGUUGUCUUUGUUGCUAAAUAAAAACAUGACAUUUCGUGUUUAUGGUCUCAUCCAGAAUACGAAAUAGAAAAAGAAAAAUGAUAUCUCGUAUUUA